AUGAAUUUACAGAACACUGCUGUGUUGGCCGGCACUACGGCUGCUGUUGUCGCCACUGGGGCUGCCGCCGCUGGGGUUAUUUCUUGUGCUGAGGUGUACCCCCAAUCAGCCGCGUUUUUUGGUUCGAUGGGUUGUGCCUCCGCAUUGAUCUUCGCGAACCUGGGCUCGGCCUACGGCACAGCGAAGUCCGGUGUCGGCGUGGCCCACCUUGGUAUCCUUCAUGCUGAGCGGAUCAUGCGUGGUAUUGUGCCCGUUGUCAUGGCAGGUAUUCUCGGUAUCUACGGCCUGAUUGUCUCCGUGAUCAUUAACAACAAUAUAAAGACAGAGACGCAGUCAUACUCUGCGUUCUCCGGCUACCUUCACUUUGGUGCUGGACUGGCCGCGGGUUUGUCCUCACUAGCUGCAGGCCUUUCCAUUGGUAUCGCCGGUGACGCGGCAGUUCGUGCGUACGGUAAGCAAGAAAAGAUCUUCGUGGCCAUGAUUCUCAUGCUCAUUUUCGCCGAGGCACUGGGGCUGUACGGACUCAUUAUCGCGCUUCUCAUGAACAAUACAGCCAACAAGGUGAAUUACGGCACUUGCCAGUAA